CUGUAACGGGACACCGCUGGAGGGUCUGCUCGGGCUGGAGACAAACAUAGAACAGAGACCUGGAUACUUAUCUAAAGUGUAGUAAAGUCACAGGCACCAUGGAGUUCUGUCUGAGGAUCAGUUUACUUCUUCUUCUGGUUUCUGGAACAUUAACACAAGAUGGGUUUGACCUGUCCGAUGCUCUGGAUGAUCCAGUUCCACCAACACCUGCAAAGCCCAAAGAGCAGCCGAAGGAGCCGGAGAAGCCCGGCAGUGAUGAUGUGCCUAAAACUACAAAACCCUCAAAACCAACUUCCGGAGAUUCUGAUGGCUUUGAUCUGAAUGAUGCUUUCGGCCCAGAUCCAAACCCUAAACCUGAUAAACCUGCUGUGAAGCCACCAAGCGGUGGAGGAGGUGGAGGAUCUUUUGAUGACUCCGACUUAAUUGGUGUUGGUGAAGGAGGGUACAAGCCUGAAGGAGGCAACACAGGAGGAGGUGGAAUGGACCCCGGCUACGAUUCUAACGGUGGCGCUGACCAGCCUGAAGAAGCUAGCACUGGAAAGGUUGCAGGCAUUGCCAGUGCCAUAGGCGUCGCUCUGUUGGGAGCAGCGUCCAGUUACUUCGCCUACCAGAAGAAAAAGCUCUGCUUCAAGAUCCAAGGAGGUGCAGAUCCAGAGGGAGGCCACGGUACUCGGUCUGAUCCUCAAGUGUUCAGCAACCUGCUCCGGACGUCCUAAACAUCUUCUGAAGGACGAGCCUCACCGGUCAGUGGAGCGUCUCCGCACAGCUCUCCUUCCUCCACCUUCAGAUCAACUCAUCGGACCCGUUUGUUCUGAAAAAUAAGACUUUCUAUAAAACGACUCCAUCAUACGCCAGGUUCACACUGGACGCUGACACGCACACAGACACACAUUUCUCUGGUCAACCAGACCUCCUGCUCCUCUGCUGUUUCCUACAGAGCUGAUCUCUGUCUGUCUGCUUAUUUGAUCAUUUAUAUCAUAUACAUAGCGUCAAAUUUAGUUUUUUUGGUAAAUUAUUUGUGUCUUUUGUUGCCAGAUUUGCUCAUGGUACACGGAAAGAUACAUUAGACGCCAAAACGGUGCUUCUCCAUCUUUAUUCUUUAUCCAGGAAAAUACAGUUUGUUAUAUAUCAUUUCUUUUUCCGUUCAUCACAUCCUGGUUGUCCGCGCUGCACUGAGCUCCGUGUUUGUGUGACGGCUCCUCACAUGAACACAUCGUCUGAAUAGUGGUGACGUGGGUGUGGUUUGACUGCUUCAUUAGCUCAAACGAGGUGACAGGAGAACAACUAGAACCUCAAAUCCUAAAAGGUUCCUUCACCCAAAUCACAAGAGAAGAAAAUACAUGUGUGGUAUGGAGCCAUUGUUUGAAUGCAUAUCUGCGAUUUCUGCCUUUGACAUUUCUUUCUGUUUUUGAGUUUAUUUUUGUGAACCGACCCUUUAAUGUACACCUCAGUCUGCCUAAACACAGAACCUUAAACCCUCUAAAUAAAAGUAGGUUCUCUAAAUAACACCGUCCCGUCAUGCUCCUCACUCUGCUGCGCUCACUUUCUCUUUCCAUCACACACUAUCACUCACUAAUUAACCCCGUAGACCUUUGACCUUUGACCACAGCUGUAUUUAAGGCUAUUAAAGGCUAAUUGUUUUUGUGUCCAUGUGACAAAACCUCCUCAUGAAACUGGUCCAGUGUUGAGGGAGAACGCUGCAGGUGGGAGGGGCUAAACGGGCUUUAACGAAUCAUAUCUGGCGUCUCGUCACCUUUAAUGGAGUUCCACUAAAGAGUGCUUCUUGUUGUUGCCACUGACGGGCUCAGAUAGUUAAUAUUAAUGUCUGACAACAUGAUGUAGAGCACUCUAAAGGGUUCAAAGUCAUGUCUGAAUAAUGAUAUUACCACUCUGAGCCUGUCAGUAAGAACAUGAACUGUUAAUGAGCGUACAUUAACGGUGCUCUUUAUGAAUACAUUACAGGUGUUUUAGUGUCUGCCGGCUGCAGCGUUCUCCCUCAAUACUGGAGACAUUUCAAAAACUGAAAACUGUUCAAAAACGGGUGAAAAAUCCUGAAGUUACCCUCAAAGUGUCCCGGCCCAUAUGGAAAAGAUCGUACAAAUCGCACAAAAGGCCCCAUGUCAUAUCUAUUACAGAUAAAAGAUAUAAACAUUUAGUAAAAUGUAUGUAUAUCUUUUCCAUAUGGGAGUAAACCAGAAUGAAAAACAGAAAGAGAAACCGUGAGGAGUGGGUGUGACCUGACUGUUUGAUAAAAUUCAUGUUGUGGAAAUGUACAUUAUAUAGAAUUCAUCAAGCGUUCCAUUUGCAUCAACAGCAAAUGAAUGACUGAUCAAAUAUGCUAAUAAAAGAGGUGUAACAACAGAUACAGUCCAGGUUCUCUCCCUGCAGUAAAGAGAGAUUGUACAGUUAUGGUAUCUGCAGUAUAACACACAUAUGACACAGUGGCCAUGUAGCUGGACCUGAAUCCAGCAGAAGGAGCUUUUGAAUAUGAAAUGGAGGUUCUGAAACACGGAGGAGAAACGUACUACAUGAAGACAUCCCGUCGGUGUGUGAUGUUUCGUAUCACAUAUGUAAAUGUAACAUACAGUUUGAGCUUCAGCUUUUUGUUUGCCGUCAAUUCAUUUUGUCGGUAAUUUGAUUCCUUAAAGUUAGAUUUUUUUAAAGCUACAAACACUCAAUAUUUGCAUAUUAACUAUGUGACCUCAGCGUGUGUCACCACGGAUGAUCAGCCUCGUUUAGGUUCGUAUAAAGGUUAGCAGCUAGCUGCAGUUAGCAUUAAAUAUGACACUUUAUGAUUUCAUCAGCACGGCAACAUGACUCCAGAUAUUUGGUCCAGAUAAAUAUUCAUGUUCUGCAGCUGCUGCAUGUGUAAAUUAGACACUAAGCUAACAUCUUAGCCUUAACAGCCAUACGAGGUUUACACUGCCCCCUAGUGGUCAAAACACAAAUGACUGCAGCUUUAAACCAAGAAAACUUCUCAAAACAAAAUGAUUUCAGAAAAUAUGUUUUUUAGGAAUCAAUCAUAGACAGGAAUGACCUGCUGAGAUGGGGAGUGUUUAGCAGUCUGUGUCUGUAUCAGCACAUUUCAUAAAAUCUGAGGAAUUUCAUCUGAGGAUUGUUUUUAGGAUUCUAGAAUAUUAAAGCGUGGCCUCCUUGUGAGCUGUAAAUACUUGAUGAUAGUGUGUAUUAAUGCCUGCUGACUUCAGCUCCAGGCUCGAUGCUGCAGUGUGCUUUUUGUUUUUCGGUAUCGACAUCAUGUUCUCAGUCUGAAGUGAUUUUUGAAGAUUUGUUUUGUCAUGUCUCAGUUUUUAAAGCAUAGACUUAAUCCAGGUUUAUUACAUCUGACGAGUAGACGAAUGUUACUUUUGUGUGUGUGGAUUUAAAGUGUGUGUACAUGUUUCAAUAAAGUGGUGUUGUACAGUU